UAUUCCUGAUGUCGUGUUCGUCGACCUAACUCUGCGCCAGGUUUUGAUGUCAGGCGACGGACAGAGGCCGUCCGAUUUGUCCAGAUCAAUUCACCGACUCUCGUGAAAUUACUGCAGGAGGUCCUCGGCUCCCCACCGUCUCCCUUUAGUCGACCACAUGUUAUGCUGGCCCCGUUCAAACAACUCAUAUACCAUGAGAAAGAUCUGUUAGACCUUCUGUCUACGCUCGAGCGUGAGCAUGCAACGACCGGUGAAGCUACAGAGCCAUCCGCGCAGGGCGAGGGGGUAUCAAUCGAGAGCGUCCCAGAGCUGACUGCCGAAGACCUAAACCCUGGAAGCUGCAAGGCAAUGCAAGAUCUGCGGUGUCUAAUGGGCUUCUAUAGCAGCUGGAUCCAACCGCGGUGGCAGUACCUUCGCAGCCCUAAAGUAUGCGAGGUUGCUUUCAUCGAUCUGGGUCUGCUCUUUCAACCAGGCGAUGUGAUUUACAUUCCGCGGCAGCCUCAAAAAGUGUACCGUGUAUUCAAAGUCACUAACGGCAGGCCGAAGCUAAGACAGUUGCUCAGUGAUGGCUACGAUGGAGGGAUAAGUAAGCUAGGAGAAGGCGACGAAGGAAGUACUGCAGGCACGGCAAAUCCGGUGGAGUGGUCCGACCUGGAACUGGACUGCUACUUCCUUGACUACGACGGCCGCGAUGUCGGUCCAGUUCACUUUACAUGGGCCGCAAAGGCGUGGUCUGGGUUCCAGGCUGUGGAGAAGCUGAAGGCUCUCCCAUUCCGGCUCGUGGUGGAUGCUGCGAUCAGCCAGUGCCGUGCUAUGGACAGCGGCAAGAUGUUUCUCAACGCCUGCAAAAAUAAGAUUUUCUACUAUGAAGGCUUGUCGAAGCCUGAGCGCGGAGGCAAGGCUUCCUCUCACGGCGGCUAUGACCGUUACGACGAUCGAAGGGGUAGAAGCUACAUUCCAAUCAGGCCUGCUGAUCCGGAAGAUGUGGCCUCUCAGGUCGUCAUUGAUUUCGAAAGAUGCUUUCAAACGAACGAGGAAUGGGAACCGAACUUCACCAUGGAUGCUUUGGCAGAACACGAUGACACGAUUGACGACCUUGACCAGACGCCAAGGACCUACUCUAAGAGCUCCCUAGCACUGUUCGCCUCCGACGAGCCUGAUAAGCGGCAACACGAGCUCUACAAAAGCCGUGAUAGCUGGCUUCAGAGCCCAGCGAAGCUUUCGUUGGCCGAGUUUAGCGAACAAUGCGAGGACGACCUGCUGUUACUUCCGGAGAUUGUAGUGGGCUACGUUUUACGAUCAAGAUCUUGGGUGUACCUAGACUUGGGUCAGGGCUCGUGGAGGCAGGUCAGGCCCGAUCGGCAGGGUUGGGAUGACCUGAAGUUGCCUAAAGAAGAUGAGAAGUUCAGCUACAAGCGGUUAGUGGAAGCACUCGUUGAGCGGCAUUUCAGCAUGCAGAAGUUGUUCGCGCAAAGGGCUGACAUGGGCCGGGCAUUUGACUUCGUCGAGGGCAAGGGUCGCGGCCUGAUCCUGCUCCUACAUGGCCCACCCGGUGUCGGGAAGACGUCAACUGCAGAGGCUAUCGCAGACAAGUACGGGAAGGCGCUACUACCCAUCACGUGCGGGGGCUUGGGACUGGCUCCUGAAAAAGUCGAGAGCUCAUUAACGCGCAUGUUCCAGCUCGCACAAGCGUGGAACUGCAUAGUGCUACUUGAUGAGGCGGAUGUAUUCCUUUCGCAGCGUGAAAGAGGAGAUCUCAAACGCAACGCCCUUGUGUCAGUGUUCUUAAGAACCCUAGAGUACUAUACCGGCAUACUUUUCGUGACCACUAACCGAAUUGGGACUUUGGACGAAGCCCUGCGCUCCAGAAUUCAUCUUGCUCUGUACUACCCAGUUCUGGACAAAGUACAGACCGAGGCCAUCUGGAAGACGAACCUUGGUCGCUGGCAGCGGCAUAAGGAAUUGCAGCUGGAGAACCAAGGAGCAGACAUCAUUGCUUUCGGCGUGUCGCUGUGGGACUAUUACAUAAAACGGAAACGGGUUCCGUGGAACGGCCGACAGAUACGCAACGCUUUCCAGACCGCCAUAGCUCUGGCGGAGUUCGAGAGAAACGAAGAAUUUACAGGCAAGCCCGAUGGAGAGGCCAUGCUAAACCUCACCCUUGAGCACUUCGACAAGGUCGCAGAAGUAUCCGAGUACUUCGAGGACUACUUGAAGAAGACGCACAAAUUCUACGAAGCGGACUUGGCGUACGAACGCGACGUCAGAGCGGAUCCUUUUGAUCUCGGAGGAAAGUCGUCUCGUUCGGAGGCUGCUGAAGGCUUUGGCGACGCCUUCCGGAGGCGCAAUAAUAUGUAUUCCAAGCCGCAUGCGGACGAGGAGUAUGUUGAGCUACCGUUCCACCAGAAGCUCGGGUUACGACGGCCGCGGACGCUAAACGAGAAGGAGCCGAUGGAGGCAUGGGACAGAGAUGCAAGAUUGCCGGAAUGGCGGCACAGCGGCGAUGACCCUCGAUAUGCCGCCAGGGGAGGUGCACCUUUCAGGACUGCGAGUCCCGCCUACGACCACUACGGUCGCAGCGAUGGACUCCAACAAAACGACCGCCGCCUGCCUCCAUCGGGCCAGCCCGGCUCCUCUGGCUACGAUGAGCGAGUGUCCGGGUUCCGUCGAGGUCGAGGGGAGCAACCAUGGGAAAGCCACGCCGAUCCACGAGAUGCACCUGGACCCCGCCCUGGCGAGCGGAACGACUCUUACAAUUUUUCUCGCUCGGAGGUUGACAAUGCAAAACGUGAGUAGAAAGCGGGCCGCCCGGUGUUGAUACAGCAUGAGGACGGAACGAUACAGCUCAAGGACGGAACGGUCAUAUAAUACAGUUGUAUACAACAGUGAAAGCCCCUUCCCUCCAUGUUUCCUCCGUGAGCGGUGAGCCUUAUUGUACACUUGCACAUAUACAUUCACACAAUACACGCCAAAAAUGCGAAACCACGCUAU